AGCUAUGUUGACGUUCGCGGUCUCGGCCUGCAGAGCUAUUUGGCGGGUGCUCCCUCAGCGCCUCAUCUCCAACAGCGCGAUGUCGGUGCGGCCCUCGACCAUUCUCGGGACCAUGGAGUUCGGGCGCCGUGCGGAUGCCGAGCAGAGCGCGCUCAUAGUGAAGGCGUUCAUGGAGAGCGGGCACGUCGAGCUGGACGGAGCGUUCAUGUAUACGGAGGGGCGUGCGGAGCAAAUCAUUGGGAGCCUGGGGCUCGGUCAGAGAGUGAAAAUCGCAACCAAAGUAAAUCCAUGGGAUGGGAAGUCAUUGAAAGCAGAGAGUGUCCGAUGUCAAUUAAACACAUCACUGGAGCGUCUUCAAAGGAAGAGUGUUGAGAUCCUCUACCUCCAUGCUCCAGAUCAUGGGACUCCAGUUGAGGAAACAUUGGCUGCUUGUCAAGAGCUUCACCAACAGGGCAAGUUUAAGGAACUUGGCCUCUCAAACUAUGCUUCAUGGGAAGUGGCAGAAAUCUAUUCAAUAUGUAAACAUAACAACUGGAUUCUUCCCACCAUCUAUCAGGGAAUGUAUAAUGCCACUACUCGGCAAGUAGAAGUAGAACUCAUACCCUGUCUCCGUCAUCUAGGAAUGAGAUUUUAUGCUUACAACCCACUGGCAGGUGGGUUGCUGACUGGGAAAUAUCAGUUUGAGGACAAAUAUGAGAAACAGCCCACUGGUCGAUUCUUUGGUAAUAACUGGGCCGAAGCAUACAGAAACAGGUACUGGAAGGAGCAUCAUUUCCGAGCCAUAGAUUUGGUGAAGAAAGCAAUAGAUGAAACUUAUGGGUGUGGGAAGACAAGCCUGACAUCAGCAGCAUUACGGUGGAUGUAUCAUCAUUCCAAACUUCAGGGAGAUCUUGGCGAUGCAGUUAUCCUUGGAAUAUCGACAUUGGAGCAGUUUCAACAAAACUUGGCUGCCUCUGUGGAAGGACCACUUGCUUCAACAGUAAUUGAUGCCUUCAAUGAAGCUUGGAAUCUAGUAGCACAUGAUUGCCCAAAUUAUUUUCGAUAAAAUCAGACUUCUCCAGUAACUUUUGUACUAAACUUUGGAUUAAACCUGCAGGCUAACGGUUAUGGAAUUACUUACUUAUGUUUUCAAUGGAAGGUGGCUGGAUCAGUGGAGUGGCCUGACAAUUAUUGAACCAACCACCUUCCACUCACUGGUGAAGCCCCUCAGUGCUGGGAGCAAGAAUUUCCCAGAUUUUACAUUGCCAGGUGGCCCUGUUGAUCACUAAUCCAGCACAGCCAAGCUUUUUCAGCACACUGAAACUGCUGAGUGACAGGUGGUCUCUGACUUGGGGAGAAUGGAGUCUCUGGCUCAGACAGGAUGUCCACGGAUUGGUGGGGGGAGGGGGGGGUGGCUGCGGUGCUGGAGCUGGGGAUUUAAUUUUGUGCUCAUUAUAUAUUCAUAGUUUUGUUUGCCAAAAUUCUGGGCAAGUAAUUUACAUGAAGGCACUGGCCUUAAUAUUUUAAAUUUUGCCAUAUUUCUGUUUCCAGCUGACAGCAUGGAAAUUGUGAUGUUUCUCAAAUGAGUUUUUGGUUUGAGUAUGGGCAUGAGACCAUCCCCUUGCCCCAGAUGUGGAGAGAGCUGGGAACCGUUGCCAAAAGAAAUUAUAUCAAUAAUGCAGGCAAAGGUGGGUCAGGUGACAUCCCCUACCUACUCAUGAAUGUGGAAUCCGCAACAGGUCACCUUGCUGAGCUCGAGUUGUGGCAUGUCAGAUGAUCUGGCCACUAAUUCAAUUAGAGAACAAAAAAUGUCACAUAUAUAAUUCGGUAAUGGGAAUUACUUCCAGGAGCUGAAUGCAGGGUAUGUGGAUAAGGGUGAAUUGAUGUUCAGGUGUGUUGACAUCCAACAAACCUUUUGGAUGUUGCUGAGCUGAUUUGAAAAAUGACAGGACUAGCUGGCUGAGGUCUGUAAUUACAAAUCAUGUAGAA